AUGUCAGAAUUAUUUGAAAGUUCAUACGGAAAAGGUAACGUCAAAUUCUUAAAAGUUAAAAAAGAUUCCUCAAACCCUAAAAUCCAAGAUGUUUUAGAAGCUAAUGUUCAAGUAUUAUUAAGAGGUAAAUUUGAUACUUCAUAUACUGAUGCUGAUAAUUCAUCAAUUGUUCCAACAGAUACUGUUAAAAACACUAUUUUAGUUGAAGCUAAAACUCAAAAUGUUUGGCCAAUUGAAUCAUUUGCUGCUCAUUUAGCAAAACAUUUUGCAAAUAAAUAUGAUCAAGUUGAAGGUGUUGAAGUAAAUAUUGUACAAAGUAAAUGGACAAAAAUUCAAUUAAAUGGUAAAGAUCAUGAACAUUCUUUUAAACAUGAUGGACCAGAAACUCGUCAAACUUAUUUAAAUUUUGAUAAAAAAACCAAAGAAUAUAUAUUAAAAUCAUCAAUUAAAGAUUUAACUGUAUUAAAAUCAACAGGAUCAAUGUUUUAUGGAUAUAAUGUAUGUGAUUAUACUACAUUAAAACCAACAAAAGAUAGAAUUUUAUCUACUGAUGUUUCAUCAACUUGGAAAUUUGAUUCUAAGAAAAUCGGUUCAUUAGAUGAUAUUAUUAAUAAUGGUUCAAUUUUCGAUAAAGCUUAUAAUGAAGCAAGAAAUGUAACUUUAGAAUUAUUUUGUAAAGAAAAUUCACCAUCUGUUCAAGCAACAAUGUAUAAUAUGGCAACAAAAAUUUUAGAAAAUGUUCCACAAAUUGAAGAUGUUACUUAUGUAUUACCAAAUAAACAUUAUAUUUUAUUUAAUUUAGAAUGGAAAGGUAUAAAAGGUAAUGAUGAAUUGUUUUAUCCAUCACCAGAUCCAAAUGGGUUAAUUAAAUGUACUGUUGGUAGAAAAGGUAGUAAACCAAAAUUAUAG